AUGAAUCUCAACUUCACCUCCCCGCUACACCCGGCGUCUUCUCAGAGGCCCACGUCCUUCUUCAUUGAGGACAUCCUGCUGCACAAGCCCAAGCCACUAAGGGAGAUGGCCCCUGACCACUUCGCCAGCUCUCUGGCCUCCCGGGUGCCUCUGCUAGACUAUGGCUACCCCCUCAUGCCCACACCCACCCUCCUGGCUCCUCAUCCUCAUCACCCUCUGCAUAAGGGAGACCACCACCACCCUUAUUUCCUCACCACCUCGGGGAUGCCGGUGCCCGCGCUCUUCCCGCACCCCCAGCACAGCGAGCUGCCGGGCAAGCACUGCCGCCGCCGCAAAGCUCGCACGGUGUUCUCGGACUCGCAGCUCUCGGGCCUGGAGAAGAGAUUCGAGAUCCAGCGCUACCUGUCCACGCCGGAGCGGGUGGAGCUGGCCACCGCGCUCAGCCUGUCCGAGACGCAGGUGAAAACGUGGUUCCAGAACCGGCGGAUGAAGCAUAAAAAGCAGCUGAGGAAAAGUCAGGAUGAGCCCAAAGCGCCAGACGGGCCCGAGAGCCCCGAGGGCAGCCCCCGCGGCCCAGAGGCCGCCUCUGCCGAGGCCCGGCUGGGCCUGCCCGCCGGCCCCUUCGUGCUGACCGAGCCGGAGGACGAGGUGGACAUUGGGGACGAGGGGGAGCUGGGCCCCGGGCCGCACGUGCUCUGA